AUGUUGCAACGUCUCUGGAGUCAAGAUAUGGACUGGGACACUGAAAUCGAUUCCGACAGCAAAGACGAAUUUAUAGAAUGGACGCAACAACUGGAUCUUCUACAUAUGUUGAAAUUCACUCGAUGGAUUUUUGGAGAGAAAAGAGAUACCGAAUCAUUAUCCUUUCAUGUCUUUGUGGACGCUAGCAAAGACGCUUACGCGGCAGCGCUUUUCGUAAGAGUAAAAUCGGACACAGGGAUUGAAGUUCAUCUCAUCGAAGCUAAGUUAAGAGCCCCGAAAGGAAAGAAGACUAUACCUCGUCUCGAAUUGUUGGCCGCCUCUAUUGGAGCUAGACUACUGCAUUCUUACAUCCAGGCCACCAACUACCGAGACAUCAAGACAUAUCUCUGGAGCGAUUCAACCACUGUCUUAACUUGGAUACGUCAAACGAGACAAUGGGCUGUAUUUGUGUGGAAUCGCGUCCAGGAAAUAAGAAGACUUACAGAUGUUGAAUCUUGGAGAUACGUUCCAGGGGAAAUGAACCCUGCGGACUUACCUUCUCGAGGCUGUGAUGCGAGAAAACUUUUUGACUCAAGAUGGUGGGAAGGACCCGGAUGGUUGAAGCUUUCCCCCGAUCAGUGGCCUGCAGAAGAGGGUGAAGUCAACGAGGAAAGGAUCAAUAUGGAGCUGCGUAAGACUUCUGGGCGAUCUAAAAAGAAAACCACCUUCGAAGUCCCCAUAAGCGAAAUCGUUAUGAUCAACUCUACGAAGGUUCCUAGUGAAGAGGUUAUUCCUUGGUAUUUAGACAGAUUCUCGUCUUAUCCCAGGAUUUUGCGCAUGAUCGCGUGGAUAACAAGAUUUUUAAACGGUUGUCGCAAGAUCUGUAUGACCAAGGAACGAGAGUUAAGCGCAAAAGAGAUUGUUGCCGCUGAAUUACUUCUUUGCAAGCUAGUACAAAAGGAAUCUUUCUCAGGAAGAAAUGAUCCCCGUUUACGUGGAUUGAAUGCCUUUGAAGAUGAUGGACUUUUACGAACUAAGACCAUAAUCUCCAAUCGUCAAGAUACUUUCCAUUUUAGAUGCCCUAUAUUGCUAGAUCCAGCGCACCCAUUGACUAAGAAGAUUAUCUACCAUCUACAUCUGAAGCUUAAUCAUGCUGGCAUCAACAUUGUGAUGAACAAUCUAAGAGAAAUUUUGGAUUCUACGGUACCGCCGCAACGUGGCCUCUGUCAUACACAAGUGCACAACCUGCCGUCGACACAUGACGAAAAACCUGGAGGUAUCCUCUGCCACAUUGCCUCAGAAUAG